UUCUGCGAGUAAACUCUCUGAUGGCCUUUUUUUUUUAGUUUAGGAAACCGAUAGCCAAUUUUAAAUCGAGUAUCUUAUACAAUAACGAAUUUGAUCUCCACCACCGUUCCUAACCGGACCCAAGCUGCACAUAAAACGAGGGAAAAAGGGAGAUCGGGUCACUCGCGGUUGCUACUCUUUUGCUUUGGCUUCUACGAAGCAGGCAAUGCAUUCGUUUUCGUUUAGAAUCUGAAUCUUUGAUGAGUUAGAGGGUAGCUACUGAGCUAUUGAGUAUCCGAAAACAUGGCCGAGGUUGCAGCAAAUAAUGCGAAUCACCCAUGUGAAACCCCCAAAAAUGUGUUUGAUUUUGGGGCAUUUGUUGGAGACUUGAUUGUUGAGGAAGAUGCCAGCAGUGAUGAUAUAUCGCUGGAGGGGCUUCAGGAAGAGUUGGAAGAAUGCAAAAAUGAUGAUGUGGUUGCGAACAUAUUGUCUAAAGGUAUAAAGCUAAGGGAGUACACAAAGGGGGUUGAGCACAACCUGCGCAAAGUUGAGUUGGAUUCAAUUCAGGAUUAUAUAAAAGAAAGUGAUAAUCUAGUGUCCCUCCAUGAUCAAAUUCGUGAUUGUGAUAGCAUCUUGUCACAAAUGGAGACCCUUCUCAGUGGAUUUCAGGUUGAGAUUGGUUCCAUCAGUUCAGACAUAAAAAUUCUCCAAGAGAAGUCUAUGGAUAUGGGUCUAAAGCUAAAGAAUCGCAAGGUGGCAGAAUCAAAGCUGGCUAAAUUUGUUGAAGACAUUAUAGUCCCUCCAAGGAUGGUUGACAUAAUUGUUGAUGGAGAGGUAAAUGAUGAAUAUAUGAGAACUCUCGACAUUCUAAGCAAGAAGCUAAAGUUUGUUGAUACAGAUCCCAUGGUUAAAGAUUCAAAAGCACUGAAAGAUGUUCAGCCCGAGCUUGAAAAAUUAAGGCAGAAAGCAGUAUCCAAGGUGUUUGAUUUUAUUGUUCAAAAGCUUCAAGCACUGAGGAAACCAAAGACAAACAUUCAGAUUCUUCAACAAAAUGUUCUUUUAAAAUACAAGUAUAUCAUUUCCUUCCUCAAAGAACAUAGCAAGGAGGUGCACCUUGAAGUUCGUGCAGCGUACAUUGAUACAAUGAAUAAGGUUUUAAGUGCUCAUUUCCGAGCUUAUAUUCAAGCAUUGGAGAAAUUACAGUUGGAUAUUGCAACAUCUAAUGAUUUGAUUGGUGUGGAGACCAGAAGCACUAGUCUUUUCUCAAGAGGAAGAGAACCACUUAAAAAUCGUUCUGCUGUUUUUGCAUUGGGGGAAAGAUUAAAUGUUCUAAAGGAAAUUGAUCAACCUGCACUUAUUCCACAUAUUGCAGAGGCAAGCUCUUUAAAGUAUCCUUAUGAGGUCCUCUUCCGGAGCUUGCACAAGCUGCUUAUGGACACAGCAACUUCUGAGUACCUUUUUUGUGAUGAGUUCUUUGGGGAGGAGUCCAUUUUUUAUGAAAUUUUUGCUGGUCCUUUUGCUGUCAUUGAUGAACACUUCAAUUCUAUCCUUCCAAAUUGUUAUGAUGCUAUUGGCCUAAUGCUUAUGAUACGCAUAGUACACCAGCACCAGCUUAUUAUGUCUCGGCGAAGGAUUCCAUGCUUGGAUUCAUAUCUAGACAAGGUUAACAUUUCUCUCUGGCCUCGUUUUAAGAUGGUAUUUGACAUGCACCUCAGCAGUCUGCGAAAUGCAAAUGUGAAGUUGUUAUGGGAAGAUGAUAGUCAUCCUCAUUAUGUCAUGAGGCGUUAUGCUGAAUUUACAGCUUCUCUUAUUCAUAUCAAUGUUGAAUAUGGAGAUGGGCAGCUUGAAUUAAAUAUGGAACGGUUGAGAAUGGCUGUUGACGAGCUCCUUAUGAAGCUUGCAAAAAUGUUUUCAAAACCAAAAUUACAAAUCGUGUUCCUCAUAAACAACUGUGACAUGACAAUUGCGGUUCUGAAGGAAGCUGGUCCCGAAGGUGGGAAAAUCCAACAGCACUUUGAGGAGAUGCUAAAGAGUAACACAGGAUUAUUUGUAGAGGAACUUCUGAUGGAGCAUUUUAGUGAUUUGAUAAAGUUUGUGAAAACUCGAGCCUCGGAGGAUCCUAAUGGUAGCAACGAAAGGCCUAUAAGUGUGAGUGAAGUGGAGCCGAUAGUGAAGGAUUUUGGCAGCAGAUGGAAGGGUGCAAUAGAAUUGAUGCACAAAGAUGUGAUCACGUCUUUCAGUAACUUCUUGUGUGGGAUGGAAAUCUUAAGAGCUGCAUUGACUCAACUGCUGCUUUACUAUACUCGACUUUCGGAUUGCAUAAAGAGAAUCAAUGGCGGGGCUGCCCUGAACAAAGAUCUUGUCUCCAUCUCAUCUAUCAUGUAUGAAAUCAGAAAAUACUCCAGGACUUUCUAGAUUUACUCUGCAGAAAUUUUACCAAAACCUCUUUCCUGUAUCAAGCAAGUUGAGUUGGAUCAAUAUGUUUGUGAUGGUACAUUACAGAUACUACUUAGAAUUUGGCAGGUGAAUUUUGUUAACUUUUUAAAGAGAAAUAUAUUUUAAGGAAAAAUAUAUUGGUA